AUGUCGGUUCGUUCAGUGAAUAACCUCAUAGGUCGCAAGGUAUUCCAUUUCAUGGAACUUGCUGAUGCAGCAAGCGGCUCCAAAAGUCGGGAGCCCACUCACCGCGGCGUCCAGUUCAACGUACAGGUCCUCCGAAGGAUAACGAAGAAGCUGUCGGAAGACCCCGCUGCCGACAUUACAACCCUCCUCCGUACACAAUGUGUCGAACGUCGAAGGACAUCAAUCCCGCCCAAAGAGCAACGCUUCCAGUUCCAGAGGAAUUCUGCCUCACCCUGGACUCCGAAUGCCUCCAAAUUCGUCGACCAAAAACUUGCUGCUUUCGGCCGUUCAAACCCCACUCAGGCGUCGUAA